UCAGUAAACUUAUGAUCAAUUAGAAUCUUAAGGUAUUGAUGCUAAGUGACAUUAUCUUUGAUUGUUUAAUGCAGCUCCUGGAAAUUUCCCAAGUCCCAGAUGAACAUGUCAGUGAAUUUAAGUCGAUAGAGAAGUUCAAAAUUUUCAAUACAAAUAACUUAUGGGUGAACUUAAAAGCAAUUAAAAGGCUUGUUGAGGCUGAUGCUCUGAAGAUGGAGAUUAUUCCCAAUCCUAAGGAAGUUGAUGGAGUAAAAGUUGAUCUGAAGUUAAAGUUCCAGAAGGGUACUCUUCAAAUAUUAGAAGACUUGUGUCUAUGAAAGACCUCAAGUUAAAGAGUUUAAAGACCCAUGAUUAUAUAAGGGGAUUACGCAGCAAAUCGAGUCAGUUG